AUGUCUGACAAUUUACGUAGCAGUACCGUGCCAUUGGCGGUGAAAAAAAGAAGAAGUCUAAGUAGUAUGUUUCAGCCUCCUAACAAAAAGAUUAAGCAAAGAUCAUCUACUUUGACCAGCUUAGAAGUAAAUAGAGCAUCGUACACUAAUUUUUUGGUUGAUUCGAGUACUCACAUCUAUGGUGGGACUGAAAGCCCUACUGAAAACACUCAAUUUGCAGCACUUAAAAGUGAGAAUACAACAGAAAACCCACCUCGUUCAGUCAAUGAUGUUGAGAUAGCACAUUGGCGCAAAACAUUGUUUUCUUCUACAUGGGAAGGGCCUCCAGAGCUAAUCUUAGGCAGUACGAGGUAUACAGGUAUCUCCUAUGAGAAUUUAUUCAUUCCAGACACCAAGCCACCGAACCCACCAAGCUUGAAAAAAUCUCCAAGAUUGGAGUAUAUACAGCCCAGCCUGGGCCCAAGCUUAGCGGAGCCGACUAGAAGAAAUCUGAUAAGAAGGCUAUUCACUAAAGACAUACAGCCUAUAAAGAGAACUCAUAAGCCUAUUUUUGGAUCACUAAGGCAUCUAUUUAAGAGAAAUAUUGUACCUAGCAAGGAAGUCAAUGACCGCGGAUCUGAGAAUGUAAUGCAAGAAGGGAAUACACUGGCAGCAAGUGUAGAAGCUACUCGCACAAUGAGAAAACCUCCAUUACCAGAGAAAAAGAAGAUCAGGACCAAUCCGAAAACUUACUUGCUUUCUCAGCAGGUAUUUGGCGAAGAUAAUGAGGAUGUACUCGGUGCCCUCCUUUACAUUAAGCAAAAUGCAGAAAAGACGGAAGCGGGACAUAGUGAGCUGGGGCGCGAAUCACCGAACAAAGGCUUGUCCGUUGACUUUUCAAAUUUGGAAAUUUAG